AUGGUUGUACAAUACAUGCGGCGGGUUAUUGAGAAGAAGGCAAAGUUUGAUAUCAUGAAACUGAACUGUGUUCUGGUUGCACCGAAGACAUUCAUUCCUGUUUUAUUUGGACAUGCAAGUGAUGACAAAUUCAUUCAGCCACACCACUCCGAUCUCAUCUCUGAAUCCUACGCGGGUGAUAAAAAUAUCAUAAAAUUUGAUGGCGACCACAACUCUUCUCGGCCACAAUUCUUUUAUGAUUCAGUUUCCAUUUUCUUCUACAAUGUCCUCCGUCCUCCUCAAGUUUAUAUUGCUGAAAAGCUCGAGAAAUAUUAUGAUUUGGGGGAUUUGAAACUCGGUUCCGGUGUGGAUGAGAGCGUAUUAUAUGAGAUUCUCUCUAGUCUACGGUCUGCACCUACUGAUGCUGCAAGUUCAUCUUCUGCAUUUCCAACAAUAUCUGAAACAAAUUCAGUUACCGAACUUCUUUCAGAAGCAGCUCCACUGGCUGAUGCAGUAGUUUAUCCAUUGCUUGUACUGCAUGAGCCUUUGUUUGAAGAAGAUACGAGAGACAAAAAUGAUGAAGCCGCAAAUGUGCAGGGUAAGCUAAAUGGACAGAUUGAAGAUUGUUGCUCAUAUACAAGCUCGACUAGAGAAAGUUGGGGAAGAUGUUCUUCUUUAGGAGGCAGUGAUCAAGAAUCUUUUGCAGAUUUAAGUGCUGAUGAUAAACACUCUCAGGAGAAGUUAACAGAAGCUCUAUCUGAAGAAGAGAGACAAGACCUUGGUCCCACAAACAUAUUAUUUGAGGCUCUUAAUCUCCCAAACUACUCUGGACGUGUUAGGACUUAUGGUUUUGGGGUAUGUUCUAGGGACAUAUUACCACGCCAAAAUCGCCCCACACAAAUGGAUUUUGAAAAAUUGUAUGGCUUUUGUAAUUCACUCAAAAGUAGAUUGGAGGUGCUAGAGAGAGAAAAGAUUGAGAGAGAUAAGUUGGAUAGAGAGAAGCUAGAGAGGCAACAAACUGAAGAAGUGGAAGAAAGGCAACAACCUAAACAAGUGUCAGAGAGGUUGCAACAACCUGAAAAAGUGGCACAGAGGCAACACCUUGAACAAGUGGUAGAAAGGAAACAACCAGAAAAAGUAGCUGAGAGUCGACUACCUAGUGAUAAAGGUUUUUUGGUGUUUUUUUUAGAGAAUUUGAUUGUAUGUUUUUGGAUUUGGAUUGAAGUACUCAUAGAUGGGCAUCUACAAAUUUGGCUAUGCAAACGCCCUCUUAAUAUUCUAUAUGUUAUGAUAUUUGGAAACAAUAGGAUUUGGUAA